UUGUUUGUACUAAAAAGAUAGUUCGAAAUUCCAAAAAUCCCAAACCUAUAAAUACCAUUGGGUAUUCAGUUACCGUUUCUGUGGUGUGGACGCCAAAAUGGGAAGCCUACUCGAGUCCAUCGGAAAUUUCUUCACCGGCGGCGAACAGAUCCCGUGGUGCGACCGUGACGUCAUUGCUGGCUGUGAGAGAGAAGUUGCAGAGGCUGCUCGUGGUGACUCUGAGGAGCGGAAGAAUGAGAGUAUAAUGAGGUUGUCGUGGGCUCUUGUUCAUUCAAGGCAAAAGGAAGAUGUUCAGCGCGGAAUAGCCAUGCUUGAAACUUCUUUGGGCAAUGAUAAAAGUCCUUUGCAUCAAAGAGAGAAGUUAUAUCUUCUGGCUGUUGGUUACUAUAGAAGUAAUGACUAUGGAAGGAGCAGGCAGCUUGUGGAGCAAUGCUUGCAGAUUGCACCUGAUUGGAGGCAGGCACUAGCCCUCAAGAAAAUAGUUGAAGAUCGAAUUGCUAAAGAUGGUGUAAUAGGAAUUGGCAUCACUGCAACUGCUCUGGGACUUAUAGUUGGUGGCAUUGCUACCGCAUUGGCCCGGAGGAAUUGAAAAUUUUGAGGAAAUAAUCUCAACCGAAAAUGAUGUUUUUUUAUUUAUUUACUUUUCUUCUGGAAACAUGUUAAAAGUCAAUGGGAAACAAUCCUCCGUUGAGAAGUACUGCUUCUACUUUUUUGUUUGUCAAAGGGACUCUGUUCAAAUUCUUGGGUACCUAAUUCCAAAUUACUCUGUUCAAAUGAA